AGCAACCGUUUCACCCUCACGUCCACGUCACCAACAACGUUUUUAACGCAGAAACACACGUCAUAAAAAAGAUACCCAAAUAUCCUCUUCCGUCACUCUUUCUUCUCCUUCAAUAAUCCCCAAUGAAGAACCACUUUGCGAUCAAAUUAGGGCACCAAUUUCUCCUCUCACAAUCAAUAUCCACACGAUUAAGCUAACACAUUCUCCAAUUCUUCACAAAUCAGUAAAUCACCUUCUCUAUCGACACAAAGUUCGUCUUCUCGUACUUAGGUACAGUGUUAGGGUUUGUUUUUCGGAAGAAAUUUGAUGAAGGAUCCCUUAGAUCGGACGAAAGUUGUGUUGCGGCACUUGCCGCAUACGAUUUCUCAGUCGGCGCUCAUGGACCAGAUUGACGUUCGGUUUUCUGGUCGGUAUAAGUGGUUCUGGUUCCGUUCUGGAAAGCAGAGUCUGAAGUCUCCAUCAUAUUCCACAGCAUAUAUCGACUUUAAGCGGCCAGAUGAUGUCAUUGAGUUUGCAGAGUUCUUUGACGGGCACGUUUUUGUCAAUGAGAAGGGUACCCAAUUUAAAACAAUUGUUGAAUAUGCACCUUCACAGCGUGUUCCUAAACAAAUGUCUAAAAAAGAUGGACGUGAAGGGACCAUAGGGAAAGAUCCGGAAUAUCUUGAAUUCCUCGAGUUUGUUUCAAAGCCUGUUGAGAAUCUUCCAAGUGCAGAGAUACAAUUGGAACGAAAGGAAGCCGAGCGAGCUGGUGCUGCUAAGGAGGCUCCUAUAGUCACACCUUUGAUGGAUUUUGUUCGGCAGAAAAGAGCUGCCAAGGGUGGGCCCCGGAGGUCUUUGCCUAACGGGAAAUUAAUGAGGAGGGCUGGUGCAUCAUCAUCUUCAAGUUCUACUGUAGCGAAACGUGGUUCUGAAAAGAGGACAAGUUCCACCAUGUAUGUCCUAAGGAACAGUGGAAAGAGCACAAAUGGUAAAGAGAAGUCAACUUAUGCUAAACGAGAUGAUCGUCAGGUUUCUGAUAAACCCGGCAGUGUAAUAUUGGAAGAAGAAAGGGGUGCUUCUGGAGCCCCUGAUACCGGGAAGAAGAAAAUUUUAUUGUUAAAGGGAAAAGAAAAGGAAAUCCAGGUUGUCACCAGCUUAACACCUCAGCAAAACUCAUCAACUAUUAAACCUGCUGCCAGAACGAAUCAGAGACAUGAGGCGAGUGGAAGAAUUAUCAGAAGCAUACUUGUUAACAAGGAUACACGACAAAAUCAAUCUGAUCAGAGUCAGAAUGUAUAUCAGGAAAAGGACAGAAAACCACCACGGGGCCCGCUUUUGAAGGACUCAGACGGUUUACCAGAUGAUAAGCAUGGUUGUAUGAAUAAUAAAGAUAAACCUGAUCGCGGUGUUUGGACUCCCUUGCGUUGUUCUGAUGGAUCUCAAUCUGCAAAAGUGCUACCAGAUUCUGCAGAAGGAACUCGCGAAGAAGCGAAGUACGAUGUUUCAAAUGAACGUGGUGUGGAAUUAAAAACCACUGGAGCUGGACGUGGUGGUCAUUUCUCUUCUGAAAAUGGGACCCAUAAACACAGUGGUCGCCGUGCACUCACACAUAAUGCUAAGGAUGCUGAUGGAUCUUCAAAUUCAAAUGAGGGGAAACCUUUAAAAAGAGGCGUUUCUGCUGGUUAUGGUUCACAUGAGAAGCGAGUGUGGGUUCAGAAACCAAGUUCUGGUUCUUAGGUGUUUCAAUAAGUUGAGAGUAUAAACCUGCUCACAGCCGUGAAAGUCAUCAUUUGAUCAUAUCGAGACCGAUGCUUAAGCAUGGUGGAGUGGGAAAGAAAUGAAAUUUCGGAGACCAGCAACGGACAGUGUUUUAAAAGAAACUUUACCCUAGUUACAACAGAACCAAAAGGCCUUUUAAAAAGACCGUAGGAACGAUUAUAAUAUCAACAAAAGUAUCCACCCUUUGAAUUGGGAGUGUGCGCCCGGUGGAGCUGUCGAUAUAAUCGACUGUAUAUACUUAAUUACUUAUCAACAACGAAUGGUAAUGUUGUGUUUGCCUCGUGUAUACGCGCACAUAGAUGAUAGAGAUGUGUGCUCUUUAUGAGGACUUCGGGUUAUUAUGUAACUGCAAAAAGUUUUUUGUUUUGCGAUACAUAUGGAAGGAAAUGAUGUUGGUGAUGACCGUGUCUAACUUUGUUAAAUUGUUGCUUGGAAUUAUAUGGAUGUAGUCAGGUUUCGUAAUC